AUGGAACCCAGAAAAAGAGCUAGAAAAGAGGACAUCCCUUCGUCAUCCACUCCAGCUCCUCCGUCAAUAACUGGAGGACAGGACGUCCAAAGCUCACCAACUUUAUAUUUUCUUGAGCAAGUAGCCUGGCCUGAAGCUCAACUUCCACUGGUGAGACCCAACGAGGAUGCUCCGCCUGAGCCCACACCUGUGCAGGUCAAUUCAGAGCCAGCUGACCCUCAAUCUCCAGUGGUGAAUCCACCUUCUUCACCUGAGCUUGAAGUAGUUUCGCCAUCCCCUCCUCUGAUUGUCAUUUUUGACGCAUCAUCAGAUGAAGCGGCUGCCCCUCCUGAUUCACCAGUUGCAAAAAUAGCUGACCCCCCUGUUUCCCCAAUUGGAGGAAUUGUUGAUCUUUCUGAUUCAUCAUCUGGAGAAGCUGUUGCUCUCACUGACUCCCCAGUUUAA